AUGAUAGGAAGACGAGAAAAGAAGAAAAAACAAAGCCGGAAGAUUCUUGCGAUCGAGACUAUCGUUGCCAUCACGUGGGAGGACGCGCCCGAGGAGCAGUUCCCCAUCCUGCACAAGGACUUCAAGGUGCGGUGCAAGGUGACGGCGCAGCCCGCGCCGCAGGUGGACUGGAUGCGCAACGGCGAGAUCAUCUCGACGGGCGGCCGCUACGUGGUGGAGACGGACGGCCUGACGAUCCAGAAGCCGGCCGAGUCGGACGACGGCGUGUACACGUGCCGCGCCAUCGUGGUGCAGACGGGCGAGCUGGCGCAGCGCGACAUCCGCGUCGAGGUGCACACGCCGCCCGCCUUCGACACGCAGCACAUGCAGCCGUCGACGCGCAUCAUCGAGGGCGACACGGCCACCAUCUCGUGCAAGGCGCUCGGCAAGCCCAAGCCCACCUUCUCCUGGAUCAAGGCCAGCACCCAGCAGAACAUGGCGUCGGCGGACCGGUUCAAGGUCAACCCCCUGACCGGGGACAUGAUCAUCAGCGGGGUGCGGCCCGAGGACGGCGGCGAGUACAAGUGCGUGGCGAGCAACAAGGCGAGCACCGUGGAGAAGACGGUCCUCGUCACGGUGCUGGUCAAGCCCAGGGUCAUCGAGUUCAGGAACCUGUCGGUGCCCAUCAAGUCGGAGGUGCGCAUGGAGUGCAGAGCCUCGGGGAACCCCCUGCCGACCAUCACCUUCAGGAAAUUGAAUCAGCAGGCCCGACCGUACGUCCUUGGAAGGCAACCGACAGAGCCACGUAUUGAGCUGACUUCCGUGGAGGACCCCACUCGCAGGGAAGCUGUGGGCACUCUGCGUAUCAGCAAUAUUGGUCGUUAUGAUGACGGUCUAUACAUCUGCAUUGCUUCAAAUGAGGGCGGUGAAGCUACGAAAAAUGGACAUCUUUCAAUUGAGUUCCCGCCGUCCUUUGCGAGCACACCAGUGGAUGUCUGGUCCUGGGGACAGAAUCCUGUCAACAUCUCAUGUCUUGCAGAAUCAAUUCCUAAUGCAACAAUAACGUGGAAACUAAAUGAGCGUGAAAUUGAUUUCAAAAGAGAUCAGAAUGUGUACAUGUACAGUUCCGGACCUCAAAGUGUCAUAAGGAUUAUACCGCGCCGUCGUGAUUAUUAUGGUGUGUACAAGUGUAUUGCAACAAACAAGCUGGGCACUGCAGAGACCACAAUCACACUGAAAGAAGCCGUUCCGCCAUCAGAGGUUCAGCAAGCUAAAAUUCAAGCCAUGACUGCCACUACCAUCACAUUCAAUUUUGUUGGCCCGCAAAACUUUGGUGGAAGACCUUUGAAAGCUUAUGCUGUUCAUUACAAAAAGUCACAAGACACAUGGGAUUAUGCAUUCAAUAAGACCUGGCCGGCUGAUUCCCCGUAUGUUUUGGAGAAACUAAUACCUCAAAUGGAAUAUAACUUCCGCUUUGCCGCUGCUAAUGAAGUGGGCUUCAGCAAUUGGGCGGCAGGGAUAACCAUGCAGAUGCCUCGAAGAGCAGCCCCAGAAGAGCCACGUGUUUUAAAUCAAAUUAUUGAGGAUGGUUAUGUAGUUUCGCCUUAUUCUGAUAGAAUGGAAGUACGCUGGAAAAUACCUGCUGACAAUGGAGAACCAAUCGACAACUAUCAAAUUAAAUACUGCCCAGUACGGCGCGAUAUUUCUGGCUACUUUGAUUUAACUGGAGAACCUUGUGGUGAAAUGCCAAUUUCUCAAGAACAUUCCUCUGUUGAACUCAAAUCGCUGGCACCAGAUACAUUCUACAGAGUGGAAAUUCAAGCUCACAAUAUGAUUGGUUACAGUAUUCCAGGAAGAGCUGUCAUUAAAACAGCACGCGGAACAGAUCCACAUGUGACAGCAGCUGAGAGCCUCUUCAUCAUGAGUAGCGGUGUCAUUGUGGCAAUUGUUGUGGUAUCUCUGUUGGUUCUCCUGCUCCUCAUCGACCUCUUCUGCUUCUGUGUGAAUUCCGCUGGACUGCUGAUGCUAAUGUGCGAAUCCUUAAAGGGAAAACCAAAAGAUGAGGACGCCAAGCUAGGCGGCUUGUAUGGCUGGCGGUUUCCCCUUCCCUAUUGCAGUAACAAAGAGGGCAGCUCUACGAAUAGCUACGGCUCUGGCUCUGAGGUGGACAAGCUACCCCCCGAUGCAAGUCUUUACAUUGAAGAAAAGGAGCCAUUGAAAGAGAUAAAUGUCAUGAAUGGAAAGGAUAAAAUGACUAUUGAGAUCAUGCCUAUGAUGCAAGACAAUAACUUAAAGAAAGAAACAAUGGUUGAUUAUGACUUCAAAAAUUCCAUUGCUAAAACUGGGUUUGUUGGAAAGGAUUCAGCAGUUUAAUUACAAGUUACGUUUUAUCUAUAAAAGAAAAAGAAAACAACGUUUACUAUGAUACAUCUUGCCAUUCUUUGUUUGAAGCUAUUUGAUCUUUCAUUUGAGUAUCUCAUACUUGAAUGUUUGACUUUACAAGUCUGCCCUGCAGCAUGGUGAACUAGUAACAGUUCUUCCCUGUGCUGGUAGUGGUCGUCAACAACUGUCCUAGAAACUUAAAAUUUCUCUAUCAGUGUUAAUUAUAGUACAGCUAUCAAUUAAUGAAUUUGUAGUAAUGAACAUCACAAGUGUGACUCCUAUUAAUUACCAUUGAUGUGAAUCUAAGGAUUGAAUUUUCACUCUAAAUACCCAGUAAUUGUUAAAUAGACCUCUUCAUAUUUUCUUUGCUGUAUUGUUGCAAGUGAAUUGAUGGUGAAUUACAGCAACAUUUUUCUUAGAGGUACUGUGUAACCGUGUAGUCACAAAGAGGUUUUGUAAUUACUAUUUUUCUUAUUUUUAAGUACUGCCAGUCAAUAGGUUUCAUGUUUAUUUUUAUGUUAUUUUUAUCAUUAAAUCAAUUUAUCGUACUUAAUUGCAUUUAAGUUCUGUCUGGCAUUUAUGCAGAAAGCAACAUCAUGACUGAUAAUUUUUAUGGACUCUUUUCUGGUUGAUUUUUAUGUUUUUCCAUAACAGUAUCUAAAGCACUGAAGAUUAUUUGGUUUUAUUAAAUUAUGACAAUGUGACGACUAUGCUUGUAAGGUAGUUUUAAAUAUUCAGCAUAUUUGGUAUUACUUUUUGAAGUCAUUGGUAUAUUAUUUUGUACCAAAUGUCUUUAUAUUUUGGGCCAAGCUACAUAACUAGAAUUCCUGAGGAGAUAUGUAUCUUUUUUAUCCACAGUGUGUGUUAAUAAAUGGAAGUAAGUGAUCUGCUUAGUAGUAUGUAAUUAACUUCUAAAUUGCUUUAGAUUGAUUGCAUUUGUAAGGGAAUAGGGAACAAUGUAACUUGAAUGUUUGUGUUUUACGAAUGCCUAAGCAUCUUGUUCUGGAUAAUUUUAUUUCAACCUUUUUACAUUAUUUUUAAAACACUUGGUUCAUUUUCCAUGUUAGUGCUAGAGCAGCUUUAUUACUUUGAAACUUAUUUCCAUGCUACACUGAAAAGCUGAAAUCAAGAUUUAUGUAACUUAAAAUUUGAAUUUAUGGCUUAGACUGUACUUCAUGUGUGUUACUAUCCCAGUGGUCCACCAGAUUAAAUUUUUAACUCUUGCAUUUUUCUGACCUUUAGAUUGUAAGAAAUCCAAGAUAUGAUUGUACAUGACUGACUAGUAUUAAAGGAGGCAUUGUUAACUA